GUUUGGCCGCAACUGGCUUGAGAAGAUACGGCUGAACUGGAACAAGCUGUUCGACGUGUCGGUGCCGAACCACGAGUACCGGCGGACGAUGGUGCCAGAUGAGCCUCCGGACUCAUCUGCUCUGGACAGCGCCGCUCACGCCGUCGCCGGAGAAUCCAGAGACGCGACUGUGGACGGUGCGGAGGCGUCAGAGACCGGCGCCCUCCCCUCUGAGAAGUGCGCGGACGUCGGACGACAUCCCUCGACGUCGUCGCCGUCUCCGCCGUCGCGGUUCGAGGCUGCGACCGCUUCUGCGCCGGUGUCGCGUCGUUCAGCGCGGGAGAGGCGUUGCCCAGUGCGAUUCCGGGCGGGGCAGUCUAAUCCUGUGGGGGAGGAGUGUGGUGACUUGAUGUAAAUCAAAUGUGUGUGACAUGGAUCCGGCGGUAUCCGGCUACCCGCCGCCCUCCGCUAGCGCCACGCCUGCAGGGUAGGCUGACCCGGGCGGGGCGGCCGACCGCCGGGUCGCGGCGGCGGCCUGACCUUGGGGUCGUCAGUCGGGUCGGGAGCGCAGCGGCCGCCGGGCUGUGGUGUAUUGGUAUGGUGUCAG